CUUUAAUUUAGAAGCACUACCCGAUUCUAAGAAAGGCAAUAACUCAAGUGACAGUCAAGUCUGGUGCUGGAGGGAAGAGACAGUGGGAGAGAGCAAGCCAAUGGCAGCAGCAGCGGCAAGGGGGUGGAUACAUGCUGUGGCUGCCUGAUAAAGCAUGCAGUGGGACUGGCCUGAGGACAGAAUGCAUGGCCUGGAAGACGAAGGAACUUCUUAAAAGGGAAGGGGGAGAGUGGGAAUAAAGCAUGACAGGGGCAAAGAGGAAAAAGAAAAAUGCCAUCUGGAGGAAGAUCCAUACACUUCGUUGUCAAGAUUUCAAACUGUGGUGUAUGAGGAGGCUGCCUAUUCUGGAGUGGGCGCCAAAGUACAACUGGAAAGCAGACCUGCUGCCUGAUACAAUUUCUGGGAUGAUGCUGGCUGUUCAACAGGUGAUACAAGGGCUUGCAUUUGCUGUUCUGUCUUCAGUGCACCCUGUUUUUGGUUUAUAUGGAUCUCUCUUCCCUGCUAUUAUUUAUGCCAUAUUUGGAAUGGGACGCCAUGUUGCCACAGGAACUUUUGCUUUAACCUCUUUGAUAUCUGCAAAUGCUGUUGAGCGUCUUGUUCCUCCAAUGAGCAACAAUUUCACAACAAACAAUAACUCUGUAGUCUUGGGCUUAUCUGAGUUUGAGAUGCAGAGGAUUGGAGUUGCCGCAGCAGUGUCAUUAUUAGGAGGGCUCAUUCAGGUAGCGAUGUUUGUGCUGCACUUAGGCAGUGCCACCUUCUUGCUAACAGAGCCAGUGAUAAGCGCAAUGACAACGGGAGCAGCUACGCACGUCGUGACUUCACAAGUGAAGUAUCUCUUGGGAAUGAAAAUGCCCUACAUUUCGGGACCCCUGGGAUUCUUUUAUAUUUAUGCCUACAUCUUUGAAAACAUCAAAUCCAUUCAGCUGGAAGCUUUGCUGCUGUCUGUGCUGAGCAUUGUGAUACUUGUUCUUGUUAAGGAACUGAAUGAAAAAUUUAAGACAAAAAUCAAAAUGGUUCUUCCCAUUGAUUUGGUUUUGAUAAUUGCUACCUCUGCUGCCUGCUACUAUGCUGAUAUGGAAUACAAUUAUGGCCUGGAAGUUGUGGGACAUAUUCCAGAAGGUUUACCACCACCAAGGCCACCACCCAUGAAUAUCCUCCCUGAAGUAGUUACCGAAGCAUUUGGAGUGGCAUUAGUUGGUUAUGUAGCAUCAUUAGCCCUGGCUCAGGCCUCUGCUAAAAAGUUCAGCUACUCUGUGGAUGAUAACCAGGAGUUCUUGGCUCAUGGCCUCAGCAAUGUGAUUCCCUCGUUUUUCUUCUGCAUACCGAGUGCAGCGGCCAUGGGGCGUACUGCACUUCUGUACAGCACUGGAGCGAAAACACAGGUGGCUUGUCUAAUAUCUUCCAUAUUGGUGCUUGUGGUAAUCUAUGCAAUAGGACCCAUGUUAUACUGGCUGCCGAUGUGUGUUCUAGCAAGUAUCAUUGUAGUGGGAUUGAAGGGAAUGCUGAUCCACUUUCGUGACUUAAAGAGAUAUUGGAAUGUGGAUAAAAUAGACUGGAGCAUAUGGGUUAGCACCUAUGUGUUUACAAUUUGCUUUGCUGCUAAUGUGGGAUUAUUGUAUGGUGUAGUCUGCACUAUACUUAUAGUGAUUUUCCGUUUUCCAAGAGCAACAACACUGAGUCUGAAACAUAUGAAAGAAGCAGAAUGCAGGUUCAAAACAGAAGCAGAUCCUGAGUCCUUGCAACAGGUAAAAAUAAUUUCAGUGAACAACCCACUAGUCUUUCUAAAUGCUAAGAAGUUUCACACUGACUUACUAAAAAUAAUCCGGAAGGAGUGUAUAGGAGCACAGCAGCUACCUGAAGAUAUGAACAAGUAUGAACAGAACAUGUUGCUCAGUCCCUUAUCCAAUGGAAAUUGUCAUGGUGAGUCAUCAUUACAGCAGCGUCCUGGUGAAAGGCACACCCUAAUAUUAGACUGCAGCGGCUUGACUUUCUUUGACUACACUGGCAUCUCUGUGCUCACUCAGAUCUACACAGAUUCUAAAAAAAGAAAUAUUGAUGUUUUGCUGGCAAAUUGCAAAGCUUCUUUGAUAAAGGUGCUGACGCUCAGUAAGAAGCUAGAAUCUGAAAAUGCUGUCUUCUUUGAGUCCGUUUCUUCAGCUGUGGCUGCCAUGCAUUUUAACAGGAAUUUCUGCAAGCUUAACGAACACAGUGAGGUCUGAUGCCAGCCUGAUGUCUAUAUCAAACUGCUUACCUGCAGAAGGAACUACUCCACAGCAUUUCUCCAGAUCUUUAAGCAUGGAAUUUUGUUGGUGAUAAUUCAUAUGCCAAGUAUAUUUAAUAGCCAACAGCAACAGUGUUUACUGGUCUAUAGUUCCUACAGGUUUUCCCCUGAGUUACCAUCACUGACAAUUUUUCAUAACCUGGAUUGUUCUUUGGUGGUUACAUAUUUUUAAUGCCUUUAGGUUAAACAAAAAUUAGAAAGCAAUUUAGGAUAUUACUUUAUUACAGUGAUUUAUAUUGUUUUAGUUCUAUCCUAUUGUAACUUAAUUGUAUCCUUUUGUGCACAGGAGAAUACAGUGUUACUGAAUGUUGUGCAAUAGAUGGUAUCUGAUCCAAGAUCUACAGCUUGCUACAUGCAAACACCAACUGUGAUAUAAGAUACAUUUUCUGAAAUACCCAGGACGCACAUUAGAGCAGGGGUUACACACACACACACACACACACACACACACACACACACACACACACACACAGAGUUGUUUUUUUAAAUCUCAAAGCUUCAGCUAAGGUACCCCAUUUAUAUAAAAUAUGCACACCCAAAAAUUGUGAUCUCUAGAAGCAUAUCUUGCCAAAGUUGGUGGAAAAUAAAAUACAAGUCAAGUGAAUCUGCCCUGGAACCAGGCAAAAAACCAAACCAAAACCCACCCCUAUCUAUGCUGCUGCACUCUUCCUCCUCUCCUCAUGACCGGCUAGCUAGGUGCUCAGGCUCAGCCCACCCUUCCCUCAGCCUGAUAGGCUCAGCAGCAAGGGAAAUCCCUCAGAGAGGGAGGGAUGCUGCCCGACACUCCUCCCCCUCCUGGGAAGAACUAGGUGUUUCAGCUGGAGAGAGAAAUCCUCUGAUCAGGAGCCAACAGAGCAGUGUGCCAGUGAAUCAGGAGGGCUCUAGCUAAGAAACUCCAGGGUUCAUGUACCCCUGGUUGAUAAUUUCUGCAUUAGAGUAAUCUCAAGUCCUAAAAUUCUUGAGUGACACCAUACUUUCCACACUCUUAUCAAAACCAGCCAGGCCACUGAUGAUUCUAAGUAUUGCCUAUAUACAGCACACUGUUUUGGUUUUUAAAAAUAUCUUCUCAUCAUUUUAAAGAGUUGUUUCUAGUUAUAACCACCUAUUUAGCAUUUGUUUCUAAAAUCCCCAAGUCUGACCUUUACUGACAGGUAUGUAAACUAAGCUUUGACUCCAGCAGGAUGGUGCUAAUUAACAUUAGUUGGAGGUUCUUAUAACGGAGCCUUAUUUUGUAUUCGAUGUAAAAGGGAAGGCCCCUAAAUUAACAUGUAUGAGAAGAGGCCCACAUUUUAGUGUGCAGCUACAGUCCUAAGUGUUCUGACAGUGGCUGACCUUAGAGCAAGAAAGUGCUGGUGCAGCAAGAGGAGCAGAAGACUAACAGCACAGCACUUCCAGACUAACUACACCAGUGAAGGGGCAGUUUUUGACGACCUCCCCUCCCCUAGGAAGUUCUCUGUGCCACCCAAAAAUAUGUCCCUGAGGGCUGUGCAACCCUCAGGGCAUUUUUAAGGGUAGCACAGAGUGCUUCUUGGGGAAGGGGAGAUAAUCAUAAAUCGCCUCUUAGCUGGUGCAUGGUACAGUUAGUCUGGAAAUGCUGUUAGUCUGCUUUUAUCACUGCAUUGGUACUUCCCUGUUCUGAAUGUCAGUCACAGUUUACAUAUGCAGUGGGAGAUGUUUGCAUUCAUUUUGGCUCAAAGUUUGACAUGCCUUUUGACAGUGUGUUCUAAAUUUCUUUAGAUCACUCCAAAAUUGUUCAGGGUAGUUUGGAGAUCCUGGAUUAUUUUGAUCAAGACCAUCACAUGUAAAAUUGUAGAUUAUGUUUUCAUACUGGGAGGGGCCUCCUAGGGAAUGAAAUAUGCACAAAACUACUCCCCCCACCCAGAUUGUUUUGCAUAGGUACCUAAAUAUUUCUUAUAAAAGCCUUCACAAAACUG